ACCCAGCCGAAAGCGACGUCCCGCGACCCCCUCCCGGCUGCCUUACGCGCGCUGCCGCAGGCCGCUAAGCAACAACAUGGAGGCCGUGAACGCCUUCAACCAGGAGCUCUUCUCAUUGAUGGAGAUGAAGCCUCCUAUUUCUCGUGCGAAGAUGAUUCUCAUUACUAAAGCUGCCAUUAAAGCUAUUAAGCUUUACAAACAUGUAGUCCAGAUUGUAGAGAAGUUUAUUAAAAAGUGUAAACCAGAAUAUAAAGUUCCUGGAUUGUAUGUUAUUGACUCUAUUGUUCGUCAGUCUCGUCAUCAAUUUGGAACAGAUAAGGAUGUUUUCGGGCCAAGAUUCUGUAAAAAUAUAACUGCUACAUUCCAGUAUUUAUAUCUCUGUCCAUCAGAAGACAAGAGUAAGAUAGUUCGUGUCCUCAAUUUAUGGCAGAAAAAUGGAGUGUUUAAAAUAGAAAUAAUUCAGCCUCUCCUGGAUAUGGCAGCAGGAGCUAGCAGUGCCGCUUCAGUGCCAGAAGACACCACUAAUAAUGAAGGUUCCCCACCUCCUUCCACAACAAUUCCAUCUGAGCCUCCUCAAGUUGCUUCUAAUUCAGUACCUACUGUGCCACAAUUGCCCAGUUCUGAUGCCUUUGCAGCUGUAGCUCAGUUAUUUCAGACAACACAAGGACAGCAGCUCCAACAGAUUCUUCAGACUUUUCAGCAGCCUCCAAAACCUCAGUCUCCAGUGAUAGAUAACAACAUGAUGACUCAGGUCCAGGCAAUUACUGCACAGUUGCAGACUACAACAACACAACCAUCAGAACAAAAGCAUGAUUUUCCAGUACCAGAGCAAAAGACAUCUUUUGAUAAGAAGCUGCUAGAUCGAUUUGACUAUGAUGAUGAGCCAGAAGCCGUGGAAGAGUCGAAGAAAGAGGAUUUGUCACCUUCUCCAUCAGUCUCUCAGCAAGCAUUUGGAUUUCCAGGUGAAGGCAUACAGCAACCAGUUUAUCCACAACUCCCAAAUAUAGAUCAGUUUCAGCAACGGAUGCUGGGAAUGCAACAGGAUCCUAUGCACCACCAGGUCCCUCUCCCUCCAAAUGGUCAAAUGCCAAGUUAUGGCCUUCUACCUACACCACAGUUUCCUCCCAUGGCUCAGCCUGUGAUACAGUCUUCGCCUCCAGUGCAGCCAUCUUUCCAACCUUCUUUUACAGCACAAAGUGAAUCCCAUAUACAGAAAGCACAUCAGCAGGAAAUGGAAGUGGAUCAACCUCCUGUUCAAGAAGUAAAGAGGCAUGAGAGCAGAAAGUCAAGAUCUAGAUCUGCAUCAAGAUCACCCAAAAGGAGAAGAUCAAGGUCUGGUUCUCGGACUCGAAGAUCACGCCAUCGUCGUUCUCGUUCCCGAUCUCGGGACAGGCGCCGCCAUUCUCCUAGGUCUCGAUCCCAGGAAAAGCGUGAGAGAGAGAGAGAAAGAGAGCGCAGAACAAAAGGCCUGCCUCCUAUCAAACCAGAAACUGUUAGUGUGUGCAGUACUACACUUUGGGUAGGACAACUAGACAAACGAACAUCACAGCAGGAUGUUGGUAGUCUUCUAGAGGAGUUUGGCCCUAUUGAAUCCAUAAAUAUGAUACCACCAAGAGGAUGUGCCUAUAUUGUAAUGGUGCAGAGACAAGAUGCAUACCGCGCCCUGCAAAAACUCAGCCGUGGAAACUUUAAAGCCAAUCAGAAACCUAUAAAGAUUGCAUGGGCUUUAAAUAAAGGAAUUAAACCAGACUAUAAGCAGUACUGGGAUGUAGAAUUAGGUGUUACCUAUGUACCAUGGAGUAAAGUUAAGCCUGAAGACCUGGAAAGUUCUUGUGAAGGAGGAAUGUUGGACAAUGAAACACUUAGUCCUGAAUGGAAAGGAAUUCCUAAAAAAUCAGAAAACCAAGUAGCCCAGAAUGGAGGAGCAGUAGGUGAAGCUGCACACAACGAACAAACAUCACCUGUAGCUAAAACUUUACCAGUUCAAAUGCCUGUUCCCAUGCCUGCUCCAAUAACAGUGCCUCCGCCACAGGUCCCACCACAUCAGCCCGGUCCUCCAAUGGUUGGUACACUUCAGCCGCCUACAUUUACCCCUCCCUUAGGGAUUCCACCUCCUGGAUUUGGUCCUGGAGUUCCUCCACCCCCACCUCCACCGUUUUUGCGUCCUGGCUUCAACCCAAUGCAUUUACCUCCAGGAUUUCUGCCUCCUGGACCACCACCACCUAUUAAUCCUCCAGUUUCAGUUCCUCCAGUCUCCAUUCCUCCUUCUCCAGGAGUAAAUAUCCCAAACUCUUCUGUGGCCAAUAUGAAUGAAGACACUACAAAAGACUCUUCAGUGGGAAACCCCAUUCCAACAGUAGUUUCAGGAUCUAGAGCAAAUGCUGAAAAUGUAGAUAGUUCCAAAGGAUAUCCAAAUGCUCCUCCACCGGCAACUUCUACUAGCAUGCCAGCUCCAGUCACCCAACCUGUCCCACUCCUUGGUACUCAAGGAGCUACACCUAGUCCAGUGAUAGGGCUUCAGGCGCCUUCUACUGGUCUUCUUGGUGCACGACCUGGUAUGAUACGGCACAUGCCUCCCCAUAUGAUGCAUAGAGGUCCACCUCCAGGCCCAGGAGGCUUUGGGAUGCCUCCACCUCAUGGGAUGAAGGGCCCUUUCCCACCACCUGGUCACUUUGUGAGGCCUGGUGGACCAGAUGAUAAUAGAGAUGGAAGGCAAUUUAGGAAUGAUAGGCAACCCUUCAAUCCAAACAGAGACCAGGAAAGAUUCGGAAGGAGGUCUUUUGGAAAUCGAAUAGAAAAUGAGCGUGAGCGUUAUGGUAACCGCAAUGAUGAUAGGGAACAUGAGCGACUUGGUAAUCGUGAAAGGAGAGAAUGGGGAGGAAGAAGAAGCCCUGAACGUGAUAGACACAGAGACUUGGAGGAAAGAAAUAGGCGCUUCAGUGGACAGAGAGAGAGAGAUUCUAGGGAUAGGGAGUCUCGCAGAGAAAAGGACGAAAAUCGAGGAAAGGAGAAACCUGAGUUGACAGACAGGGUAGAUGGCAUCAAAAACCAUGAAUCCCAGAGUGGCAAAGCGGAAAACACAGACACUGUUUCAGAACUUAAAGGGGAGUCUGAACCCACAGAUGCAAAGCCUGCUGAAGAGUUAACAUCGGAGGCUACCUCAUCUCUUGAACAACCUGAAAAGUCUACUGGCUCAGUUGUAGAGACACCUCGCUAGGGACUGGAAUUUUUGUCAAAAAAAGUGACAUUGGAGUGUAGAGCUUUAGAGUUGUACAGUAUGCUGUAUAUUGCUUCUGCUAUAUCACAACUCCAUAGUUUAUGGGGCUAUGUAAGCAAUUUAAUUGCUUUCCUUCUAUUUAAAAGUUACAAAAUAACACAAAAAAUGAAUAAACCAU